AUGGCCGACGCAGCGAAACCGAAGAAGCGCUUGCCAUUCAAGCCCACCGCUUUGCGUCAAAAGUCCAACCCGAAGCCGGUGUCAAAGAGCGAUGACGAAGAUAACGAUGACGGAUCCAAUCUAUUCAACCGCGGUGCCAGCGUCUUCGAGCAGGAGCUUCAAGAACAAGAGAGGCGCAUGAAGCGCAAACAGACUGAGCGAGAGAAAAUCUCACAAGUGUCUACAGUAGGAAAUGGCAGAAACUCUCCAUCAAGGACGAGCCGUGACCAGAUCAAGACUGGCAACUUUGAAGAUGACGAUGAGGAUGCCAGAGAGCCAGGCACUCCGCCGUCAAAACGCUCGCGAACCAGCGACGACUCGCCCGAGUCAAGAAUCAGGCACUCGCCCUCUAAGCGCGACGAUGCCGAGACGCCCUCUAAGCGCAUGACACGUGCCGCAGCUUCCCGAACGCCGCGGAAACAGGAGCCGUUACCAUCUAAGCCUGUCAUCUCGAUUGACGAUAGCGACGACGACGACGAUGAAGACGACAUCUACGACGCCUCGCCCAUCCGGCAACCACGCCGGCAGAGCUCGCAACGCGAUCCUUCGCCACUGGUCAUAGACGAUGACGACGACGAUCCCUUUGAAGUCAAAAACAAUGCGGGCGCAGAGGAAGAGGAGGACGAUGAUGACGAUGACAUGGCCGAAUACGUCCGGCAAGCAAAAGCGCGCAAAGAAGCAAUGGAGAAGCAAGCCAAAGAGAGGGAGGCGGAAACAACAGAAACGGUCAACAUCUUUGUUACGUCAGAAAUCCCUGGCGCAGGCCAAAGACAGUUCCGCUUCACCCUCUCGAAACCACUCAAGGUCCUUCGCAGCGCUUGGAUCGACGUUCACAAAGGCCGUGUAGACCUCCCGCCAGAGGAACUGUCGGGCGUCUUCCUCGCCUGGCGUCGCCACAGGCUGUAUGAUCUGACGACAUUGCGCAGCCUCGAUCUCCCUGGAGAGUACCGCAAGUGUACAGGCGACUACGACGGCUUCAAAGACGGCUGGACAAACGUGCACCUGCAGAUGUGGACACAAGAGCUAUGGGACGAGAAUGAAAGACGGGUGGCCCGGCAAAGGAGGCACGAUCUCGGGGAAUUUUCCGAUGACGAGGGAGAAGGCGGCGGCGGCGGCGGUAGUGAUGCCGCGGCUGAGGCCGAGCAGGAGGAGCAGAAGAUCAAGGUCUUGCUCAAAACCAAGACGGACGAACCGCUCAAGACCUCAGUCAGGCCGUCCACGACCAUUGGUACCCUAAUGGAGCUGUUCCGCAAGAUGCGUGGGCUGGCGCCCGACGCGCCCAUCACCCUUAUGUUUGAUGGUGACGAGCUCGAGGAGAGCCAGACGGUCGAGGAAGCCGACAUUGGCGAUAUGGAGACGAUUGAGGUCUACUUAAAGUGA